CCCCGUAAUCCCAAGGAAUUUCUGGAAUGUUCCCACAGCACGGCCCGCAGCUCUUCCGGCACAUUUUCCUGCUCUCCCGGGAAGGGAACAAUUCCCGGGAACAUUUCCAGGCCCUUUUCCGACUCCUGGCGCUGCUGAGCCUGGAGCUGGCCAGCGAUGACGUCAUCGUCGACCUGGUGCGCCUCGUGCUCGCCCUGCAGGAUCUGGCGCAGGAGGAGCCGCUGCCGUUCUACAACCGCUGCGCGCUGCUGGCGCUCGGAGCCGCCUUCCUGGCGCUGCUGGGAACCCUCCUGGGGAACCCCGGCCUCCGGCUCCACGUCCAGGAG